CAACACUUAGAAUAAUAAAGACUCGGAAUUUUUUUCUGGGUUUCCUUCCUUCUCUGCAAAAUAUUAUGGAUCUUACAGAAAGAAUACUCAUCUCGUUGCUUCUGCAGCUUGUAAUCUCUCUUCAUCUCUGUUCUUCUUCAUCCACAGACACCUUAAAACUCAACGAAUCUCUUGCAGAUGGUCAAGCGCUAGUCUCCGAUGGAGAAAGCUACACUCUUGGUUUCUUCAGCCCUGGAAAUUCAAGCAAUCGGUACCUUGGAAUUUGGUACACCAAAGUUUCGGUCCAGACCGUUGUUUGGGUCGCCAACCGAGACAAUCCAAUCAUCGAUACUUCCGGGUUGCUCUCCUUCGACGGUCGAGGCGAUGUCGUUUUGCAACGUGGGAGCAGGAAUCAAUCUGCACCUCUAUGGUCCACAAAUGUCUCUGCAGGAGGAAUCUCGACGACUGCUAAACUACUAGACGAAGGCAAUUUCGUCCUGCUUCAAUCUGAUGGUAAGACGAUUCUGUGGCAGAGCUUUGAUCAUCUAACCGACUCGAUCUUCCCGAACAUGAAGUUCGGGUUGGACCUUACAACAGGACUGAACCGGUCGGUCCAGUCCUGGAAGUCGACCGACGAUCCUGGAACAGGGGAGUGGUCCUACGACGUCGUCCUGGCCGGGCUGCCUCAGCUGAUGCUGCACAACGGUCGGACCAUAAGACGUCGAAUCGGACCGUGGAACGGCAUCCAGUGGAACGGGGUCCCCCACAUGUUCAUCAUUGCAAACUACAACACCAGUGUGGUCAGUAGCAACAGUGAGACGACUUUCUCUUAUGGGAUCCGGAGCCCCGGGGACAUAUCGAGGAUGUACCUGGACCCGUCGGGAUUCGUGAAGAUUACCACGUGGAACAAUCAGACCGGUCGGUGGGUCGAGCUGGGGAGUUCCCCGACCGAACCGUGUGACUACUACGGACGUUGCGGGCCAAACGGGAACUGUGACCCUUACAGUAGUUCAGUGGACCAGGAGUGCAUAUGCCUUCCCGGGUUCGAGCCGAGGAACCCGGACGACUGGUUUUUCAGGGAUGGCUCUGGAGGGUGCGUCAGGAAGCGACGGUCAGGAGAAAAUUCGACGUGCAGGGAUGGUGAUGGUUUUGUGAAACUGGGAAGUGCUAAGAUUCCAGAUACGUCAACCGCACAACUGAAUGCCGACAUGGACCUGACCAUGUGCGCACGAGAGUGUUUGAUGAACUGUUCUUGUACAGCUUAUGCGAGUUCGAAUUUGUCGAGUGGAAUUGGGUGCGUGAUGAUGUAUGGGAAUCUGAUGGAUACUCGAGUGUUUAUCAAUGGCGGGCAGGACUUGUACAUUCGAGUGGAUGCAGUUGAGUUAGCUGAACACACGAAAAGGUCGACAGGAGAUGCGAGGAAGAAGAAGCUAUUAGCAAUUGUUUUGAGCUCUGUAGGUGGAGGCAUCGUUUUGGCGAUUUCCACUCUGUAUUGCCUACUCAAGAGGAAAAGAAAUGGUGGAGGGAUACACAAUACUAGCCCUGCAGGGGAGUAUGAAGAUGAAGAAUCUCCUAUACCAAUUUUCGAUGUGAAUGAGAUAUUUUCUGCCACUGGAAAUUUCUCUUUGGCCAACAAACUUGGUCAAGGCGGAUUCGGCUCUGUUUAUAAGGGUUUGUUAUCGGAUGGACAAGAAAUCGCUAUUAAAAGAUUGUCCCAAACCUCGAAACAAGGGAUUCAGGAAUUCAAGAAUGAAGUACGGCUGGUGUCCGAGCUCCGGCACAAGAAUCUGGCAAGGCUAUUUGGUUGUUGCAUCCAUGGAGAUGAGAAGAUGCUGAUCUACGAGUACUUGCCAAACAGAAGCCUCGAUUUCUUCAUCUUUGACAAAACAAAGAGCUUGAUGUUGGACUGGAAGAAACGAUUUGAUAUCAUUAUUGGAAUUGCUCGUGGCAUACUGUAUUUACACCAAGACUCAACGUUGAAGAUAAUUCACAGAGAUCUAAAACCUAGCAAUGUUCUACUGGAUGCUGCAUUGAACCCUAAAAUUUCAGAUUUUGGGAUGGCCAGGUUAUUCGAAGAGGACCAAAUAGAGGCGAACACAAACAGAGUCGUCGGAACCUAUGGAUACAUGUCGCCUGAGUAUGCAAUGGAAGGUCUAUACUCGACAAAAUCCGAUGUUUUUAGCUUUGGAGUCCUGACACUUGAGAUAGUGAGUAGCAGGAGGAGCAACAAUUUUUGCCAAGAAAGUCCAUCAGUAAGCUUGGUUGGUCAUGUGUGGGACUUGUGGCGAGAAGGAAGAGCAUCAAACAUAGUGAAUUCAUCAAUGAUGGGAGGAACAUAUUCCGCAGAUCAAGUGUUGAGGUGCAUUCAGAUAGCUCUGUUAUGUGUCCAGGAAUCUCCAGCAGAUCGACUGACCAUGUCAGAUGUUGUCUUCAUGUUGGGCAAUGCAACCCCUCUUCCAUCACCCAAGAAGCCUGCAUUCAUACUCUUAAGACAAUACGAUGAUUCCAACACAUUAACCGAUGCAGCUGUUAGAUUAGAAAUUCCAUGUACCAACCGUAUGUCAAUAACCACUUUAGAAGCUCGAUAAUACUCAUAAAGCAACCGUAUGUAGUAGGGGGGAAAUUGUAUUCAUUUUUUUUUACUUGAGAUUGAUAUUUUUCCUAUAACUACUAAGUAUUCAACUUUGUACUUCUGUAUCUUAAGGUCUACAAUAUUCAUCAUGAAAAAGGACAAUUAAAGAUAUGAAGUACAC